AUGGCGGCGGCGCAGGGCUGCGGGCGAGGGGCGGAGCGCAGACCCUGUGGCUGCCAUGGCCGCCUCCCCCUCCCCGCAGCCUCCCUUAAAUACUAUGGGACGGCCGUAGCUGCGGUGGGUGCCGCUGCCGAGCGCACCAUGCGGGCUGUCAUCGCCUUGGCCGCGGCUGGCAGCCUGCUGCUGGGCGGCUGUCUCCUGCGCCUCGGCGGCCAGCAGCCCUUGCUUGCCAGGGGCUGGCAGGAGGAGGAGGCAGGAGUAGCUGCUGUCACGCCGAAAGUGGUGCGAGCCCUCAGAUCCCCCCUGACGCCCCUUCCUCAGACCGAGAACAGAACAACUGCUAAUAAAAAUGGAAUUUACCAGUUUGAACAGGCUUCAAAAUGUAAGGCAAUUCAGGACAACAUUUUGUCAUCAUCUAUCAAGAAGAAAAGAUAUUCGGAAGAUUAUUAUCUUCACAUAGUUACAAAACUGCAGAACUGCACCUGGAUAAGGAGACCAGAAGAAUCUACAAAAUUCAGGUCAGAAUUAGCUUCCUGCUGUGAUGCAAUUCACAAUUUUAUUGCUUCUCAAAACAACAGCCCACUGGGAAGUAACAUGAGUUAUGAAGUGGACAGUAAAAAGACCAUCCUCAUUACAGAGGACAUUUUUAAGAUGCUGCCUGUGUCCUCGCCUCUUUCAGUCUAUCCCUUCAAGACCUGUGCUGUGGUUGGAAAUGGAGGCAUUCUGAAAAAUUCCAGCUGCGGAGCUGAAAUAGAUAGUUCUGACUUUGUGUUCAGGUGUAACCUUCCUCCAACCACGGGAAGCAUUAGCAAAGAUGUUGGCAAUAAAACAAACCUCGUGACUGUUAAUCCAAGUAUCAUAGCUCAGAAAUACAACAAGCUAAAUGAAAAGAAGACAGAAUUUCUGGAAAACAUUGCCGUCUAUGGAGAUGCUUUUCUUUUAUUGCCAGCAUUUUCCUUCAGAAGCAACACAGCCACUUCUUUUAAAGUAUAUCACACUCUGAAAGAGUUCAAAGCAACCCAAAGGGCAAUAUUUUUUCAUCCCACUUAUCUGAAAAGUCUUGCCCAGUUCUGGAGAACUAAGGGUGUGAAAGCCUACCGGCUGUCAUCUGGUUUUAUGAUCACUAGUGCUGCUCUUGAGCUAUGUGAGAAUGUGAAGCUUUAUGGCUUCUGGCCUUUUUCAAAAUCCACAGAGAAGAUGCCAAUCAGCCACCACUAUUAUGACAACCAACUGCCUAAACCGGGCUUCCAUGCAAUGCCCAAAGAAUACAACCAGAUCCUUCAGCUUCAUGGCAAAGGCAUUUUGAAGUUGCAGUUUGGUAAAUGUGAAUCAGACUAAAAAGGGUGAUGAUCCUAAGGAAUACAAUUUCUGUGUAUCUCAGCAGUUCUGUGUUGGAUUUGAUCUGAUGUGAUUUUGUGAGCAUUAAACUGCAUUAUUACAAUAGAGAAAUAUUUUACACUUGGAGAGAAAAGGUGGUGAUUUUUUCACACAGUGACUGCUACAUUUAUGAAUUUUGAGUAAUCAUUUUUAAAAUACAAAGUAAUGAUUAUUUGGAAAAUUCUGAAACUCCUGGCUAUUGGUUUAAUUGUAGCAAAGCACAAUCUCAGGAUGGUGGCAACAUGUGACAUUCAUCAUGUUUUGCUUCUUAAAGGAUCAUUAAAAUAUUUUGAUAUAAGAUCUCUGUUUUUGUUGGUGGCUGCAUGAGUUGGCAGUGAACAUUUUCAAUUAAGAACUUGAUCCUGUAAAUACUGACAUUUGUCUAAUGCAAAAAGUGAUGAGAAGAGCUACAAAGGAGUAAUUAAUUCAGAGCCAUGUCAUUCUUAGCUUGUCCAAGGCUUCACAGAUGAUAAAAUCCCUCAGGUUAGAGAUAGUCAAGUGGUUUAUGGGCUUUCAUUUUGUGGGCAAUAGGUAAUGCUGUGGAUUUAAUGGGCUUUCCUUUUGUGAGCAAUAAAUGAUGCUGUGGGUUUAAUAGGAUCAUUCAUGUGAGUGAUGUUAAUUUUGGGAACACAUGUAUGAAGGACCAGAGCUGUACAGUUAUUUAUAAACCACUCUUCUUGCUUGUGUUCCUGUCUAAGGUCCAGUUCAGCUCCAAAUGAGGACAAUGAACUAGGUUUUAUGCUACAACCCCCAGAGUCCUGGUAGGGCAUGACUUUGCACAUAUUCCUGCCAUCCCAACUGUGUGUCUUGGCUGAUACAUGAGAUGGAAUUUUCAUUAGAAAGAUGAUAGGUACCAAACCUUUAAUUUCUUCUAUUUCUUUUCACCUAGUAUAGCUCUUAUCAAUAUGCAACUACAGAUAAGGAAACUGCAGUAAGCAUUAUUAGAAGAAUGUUCCUCUUACAAUCAACCCCAAACUCUUCUAUACCGGGGCAUAUGAGAAAAGUGACUACACUCACUUAAUUUAUAACCUAUGAAGUUCUUGAGCUUUCAGUUUUCCAUAUGGUCCAAGGAUACAUGUGGAGCAACAUUCUGCAACGAAAGAAAGUGAAUCACAUUAACAUUUGCAGGAGCUGUGACAAGCAGUUGUGCCCUAGCUAUGGCUGCUUGUAUGUUACUGCUUAUAUGCUUGUAUGUUCUACUGCAGGAAAAAGAAAAACAACAACCAACCAAGCAAACAAAAAAUUGUAAUAACCAGAUUCUGUUAAAAGAAGAGUUUCACUGACUUUUUUUGAGUAUCCUUUGAAUGCUCAGUUCAAAGAUAGUGUCCUUCUCCUCCUUUUACAGCCAGAUACUUUCAGGUAUUUUAUUUACUAAAACUCCUUUUGCUAGUGCAGCAUUAAAUUCCAAAUAAACUGAUUUAAAGAGCUUUCAGUAUUCCACUCCUUGAGGAUUAUAUCUGCAAAAUUAUUCCCACUUAAAUGAAUUGAACUUUAUAAAAUAAGGUUCAAAAAGACCUUUUGAAUUGAUAGUUCAUAAGAGCAUUACUUUAGUGUUGUAAUAUUUGAAAGCUUACCUUGCAGCAGUUUUAUAAUCACGUAAACACUCCCAAAAGUAUUAGAAUCAAUCAUUAUGGUUACAGGUCUGUUGGUUGAGACACAUUCAACAUCUGGAUCCAUUUCCAUGAUAAUGAUAUCAUAAUGAUAUCAGAAGCCUGUACUACUCCUACUCCAGCAGAAGUGUCCAUAAAUCCUGGUUGCAAAUAUCAGCAGUAAAGUCAAUUUCCAAAAAUAAGGGGUUUUAAAAAAUAUAUAGUGCUUUGGGGCAUUAACUGAUGGCACUAAUACACGUGUGAACCUCUGAAUGUCAGUAGGGCUUUUAACAGAAACAAAAUAGCAGAACUGAGUCGAUGGGUCCAUCUGCAUUACCAGCUGGUGACUGAAAGAGGCAAGCACAAUAGUUUGAUUCACUCUGAUCUGUUCUGGUUCCAGCACCACACAUCCACAUUUUUUCUUCACCAGUAGUAAGAUUUUUGUCAUUUUCUGGCCACAGGCACCUGCUACUUAUGUGUAGAGAGCUGGCUGCUGCAAGAACCUGUAUCCACGUUAUGAGUGUUAUGGAUGGUUGCCUACUGCAACAUCCUAGUUAUAGAUCAGAGACAAAUUUGUUCCCAGAAGAGCUCCUCCUAUGCCAUACAUCACUCACAUGGACUGCCCCUGAGUGUUUGUAGCUGGAAGCUGUGCAAAGUGAUGUAGUUGUCCUUUGGGUGAUGCAAACAGCCCAGGUUGAGAAAAAAUAUGCCAUAUUUCAAAGGCACACCUGUGUUCAGGUAAGGACCGUAGCUUAUUCCAGCGCAGUGGGAUGAUCUUGGCUGUGUAGCAGCUACAUGGUUUGUCUUGGGGAAAAUUCAUACAUCUUUUAGAGGUUCUUGCAUCUGUUGUGUCCAGAACAGUUUCAAGUGGUGGAUCAAGGGUUGGACUUGAUGAUCUCAGAGGUCCCUUCCAACACAACUGAUUCUAUGAUUCUAAGUGCUCCAUGUGUACGUAGAGAUAAUGCAAAGAGCAUCAUUUAUUGCUCAGGCUAAAUUCAGUUAAAUACUUGGCAUGAGUAAAGGGACAAAACUUGCUUGUGUGAAGUUGAAGAUGGGGAGAGGAGAAAGUGAAAUUUAUUUGCAGCAGAGACACUUGUUAGUUAGCACCAUAUUGCAUUAUCUCAGUGAAUAAAUCUAAAUAGUGUACCAUGACCCACCAUGAAGAGCUGUUACUGUGUGCCUGGACUAUUUCUGUGCAGCUAUGUUAUUUAAAACACACAUGUACUGGUAACUGGAAAGAUUAUUGGAAUACAUUUUAAGAGAGGUUUAACCAAACAGAAGAAAGUUAUUCUAGCUUCCUUGAUGAGGAAAGAUCUUAACUGAAGAAAUGUGAUGUAGCACUCAAAUGAGAGCAAAUGGAAAGCUCUGUAGCAUGGACAGACACUUUGACUUUUUAGCACUGUUUCCACAGAGUUUAAACUUGCCGUUGACCUGAAGACCUGAUCUUUCAUGCUCUCAAAGCCCUCAGUGAUUUGUGUGGAGCAUAGGACUGAUAAGAAGUGCAUGGAGGAAUUGUUAGCCUUUCUUACCCUGUUCUACAGAAUGCUCUUAACUCCUUCUAGAAUAAAAAUAUGCCCUGUUGGGCUUUAGAUUAAGAACCUCAGGCCUUGCUCCAGACAUGAAGUUAUUAUGAGAUAUUAGUUGCAUCCACUUUUCUCUACAAGAGUGCAGACCUUGUACUCAGCUUUAUUAUAGCUACUGGUGCUGUGUGCUUGGUGGCUGGGUUGUGUUAAUUUGUGCACAGACUGGAAAGCUAAUAGUGGCAUUUCUGUGUGACAGGGUAGAGUUAGAUUGAUCAAGACUUGCUAAAGUACACUCACUGUGGGAAAUUAUGUUUUCCUGGGUAGCUGAAUAAAUUAUCUCUCAUUUAUUUUACAUCUGUGCCAGGUUAAUGUUGAAUAAAUGGGUUUUGUAUCUGGCUCAGAAUGCUUAUGACACUUUUGCAAGACUGAGCCAACUACAGUUUUGAUUAAGGAUUCUUGUCUAAAAGUUAGGAAGGACCUUUCAGUUCCCUCUAUUUCACAUGAGGAAUAUUCAUUUUUAGGGUUUGUGGGCCUCCACUGCUGUCACAUGCUGUGGAAUGAAUAUUGAGAUUAAAUGGUUUUCUAAAUAUAGAGACACUGACAACAUGCUAAUAGUUCCAUUGUACCUCUACAGAGGCUGACAGUGUCCUUGCACAUGACUGCAUCACAGCAUUAUUACAUUAAAGCCUGAUUGGCUGCUUUUAUUCCUUCUUCUCCCCUUAAUCUCUAAUGUUGCAUCUUCCUUUAGGAUCCAGUGCUGCCUUGAGUUGGUUUCUUGUCUUUCCCCAUGGAGUACUAUUUAGUCCUGUGUAGUGUCUGUUAGGGAAUUUGUGUGAUUAUGAAUCAAAUGCUGCUAUGCUUGCAGCAUAGUAAAACAUACUUUAAGUGACUUGGUUUACACUUCAAGGAAGGCAGCUUGGUGGGAUAUUCAUGUUGCCUAACUGGAGGUGCUAAAUUUGGUCUGUAGCUGCAUGGUGACUUAAACUGUAAUGCCUGGCUACACAGUCCAGUUCUCAUUCUUGUGCUGCACCCCUUCCUUUGUGCUGUCUCUGGCUCUUGCCUGAUCCUACACUCAGCUGUUGUGGCACACUGAGAUGGCAAAACCCUAACAUGGUAACAGAAAGAGAAAAUUUGUUCAUGCUAAGAGAGCCAGAGGAAUUCAGACUCAAAAGAAAGGAAGAGAUGAGACCAUGCAGGUGGGAUCAUAGGAACACAACAGGGGCCAUUUGUUAUCUGACAGCUGUUGGGCAGGUCCAGUGGUUCCCUGAGUGCAGAAGUAAAAACCUCUGGGGAUCUUCCUGGUCAGAAGGGAGAGAUGGGCUCUUGCAAGGGGGGAUCGCAGCAUGACAGCUGUUCUGGUGGGCAGGAGCCCGUCUCUCCCUGUGGUGCCAAAAGAUGAUGAAGGUACCUACACUAAGAACUCUAGGUGUUUACACUGCUUGAUUAUUGCUCCCCCUUCUCUCUUUACAAUUACAGUCAUUUUAACAAGCUGUUCACCACAAAAAGAUUCAGAAAUGAUAAGUAUAAAAAAUUCUCAGUUCACUGAUGGUAAACUUAUAUAAACUUGCUUAUUAUUCAGCAUGCCUUUGCUAUCAAUCACUUCUAAUCCUAGCAUCUCAAACAGCAUCUGCAGAGAACAGAGCUGCAUGAGGUCUAGAGGGUUUGAGACCAGUUACUCUCACUUUGAUUUUCUUUCCUUUGUACAGUAGUGAGAUGACUGACCUUAGCACCAUGCUUGAAACAAGAUGAAAUUCUCUGUCCUGUGUGAUUUGAGAAAGGGAACUAAAUUAUCUAGGUGACCUAGAACGCUCUGUGGAUCCCAAAAUUAGUAGCAAAAUAUUCCUGCUGUUAUGUAUUAUUUGAUUUUGUUCAGCGCAAGUAUCUGGAUAAGUUAAUUGGUCUGGGUUAAUUGAUCAUGUACACCUUGAGCCUGCACAGACUCUGUGAUGGAGCUACAGCCUGACAUAGCAAUCUUUUUUUGUCCUGUCACUUGCUGACCUGGGACAAAUCUGUGGAGGGAGAUCCUGAAUAUCCAUGCAGCAGCUUCUCCAGGGACUCUCAGGUGCACAAAGCACACAUCCACUUGUGUACAGGAGUCUGUGUGAGAUCAAGCCCAAGGAAUAUUCUCUGGAGUGCUUUAUUCUGAAACAACUCAAUGUAAAAUAGCUGAUAGCUGCUUGUUGCACACUCUGGAGCAGCAGACUUCUUGCACAUGAGCCUUUUCAUUAAUGUAUCUUAGUCUGAAAUAUUCAAAGCCAGGUAAUCCUUCCUCUUGUGGUACUUCAGCAGCUGGUUUCUUUAAUCUCUAGGUCUGCUAGCCAGCAACACUGACAAGGGGAUGGGUAUUUACCAUAGAAACCCAACUCUCUUUAUUUGGAAUUCUGUCAUUUUAAGCAAGAAAAUUAUCCUUCUCUGAGUUUCAAAGGCUGCUGAUCUCUCAGGGUAGCAUGGGGAAAUCCAUUAGGUUUUCCAGCUACAGCAUACAACAAGUGUGCAGAUUUAUAUUUAUUAAGCUUUGUUCCAGAUUUUCAUAAAGUGUUUCUUAAUUGGCUCAAAAUUAUCAUUAUGAUCAAGUAGAGCAUGAAACACUCUGCAGCAUGCCACUAAACAAAGGAACUAUUGAUAUUAUUUAGUGGUCUUCUUUCAUAAAUGCGCAUUUCACAGUACCUUCCUAUUCUGGGAAUGCCAGCUCACCAAGGGAAUGACCCCAGGUUACUGGGUGAUCGUGCACUGGUCCAGCUGCAGUAGCAGCCUGUGAGUAUGCUCUUGGUGUCAAGCAAAUUCCAGCAAUGCAAGAGCUUAACGUGGUAGGAGUACACCAGCUUGAGUUUCCUAUAGACCAGGGAGUAAAUGUAGUACUGUGGUGUGUGAUAAUUGAGCUCACGUCAUUCUGUGCACAAACAAUAACUGCCCUUUUGUAGCAGGUGUUGGCAAAUACUAGUUUAAGGAUGAAAAGAGUCUGGCUGUGCAAUACAAGAAGGAGUGGGAUCCUCGUGUUGCAAUCAAAUGAACAGUCAAGUCUGUCUCUUGCUAAAUCCUGAUGUACCUUCAGCAAUACAUCAGUGUUUGUUGCUACACCUAGUACUGCUGUGUCUCAUCUUUUUUCAUCCCUUUUCUCCAGUGAGGGAGAAAACUCACAAUGCAUGAUGGAAGUAUUUAAUGAUCCCACCAUGUGUUCAUGGUAUCAAGGCAAGAGCCCAUCAGAAUGAAUCAUGCUAAUGGUGGUGACAGGAUAGCCUACUCUAAGACAAUAUUGCUGGUUUUAAAUUCCUCACUAUUCACUUUAGUCCCUGACAAGAGGAGAUUCUUCACAGCAAGUCUGUAGUUCAACAACCUGCUAGGCUUCUCAGCUCUUGAAUUGGCUGUGAUGUUUCCCUAGAAACACCUCCUCCUUGGUGUACUUAUUGUCAGUGCUUACAAUGCAAACCCAUUCCUAAAUUCUUGUGACACUGAAGUAUAACAACUAACAUUUCUGCAUGUUUUAUAUGCACAUUUUAUAUAGUAGCUUCAUAUGUAUUCUUCAUGUUAAUAUUCUUGAUAUUCUUUUCUUUGAGUGCCUAAUUAAAAUUAUUUUAAAUAUUCAUUAUAUUUUAUGCCACCAGAGUAAAGUGUGUGGGAAGUUACAUAAUGUCACCUAAAAAACGGUGAUGCAAGCCAAAAUAAUUUUAAGGGUAUCUGACUGAUUUCUGGAGGAGUAUUUUCACUAGUCAUUUGGACACUUGCUUCUUAGGUCUACCUUUCUAAGAUGGGUCUAAGAGGCCACCUCUGCUUCUAAUUUAGUUCAAGAUCUGCAAGUGAGAAGACAGGUGAAUGGAGAGGUCCUGCACAGGGCUGCUCCUAAGGGAUGGCAAAUGUGUGGUUUUUCUUUUCAGAGACUGUUCCAUGUGUUAAAAUGUAAUUCCAUAAAGUUGUCAUGAUAGCUUUUGCCCAGAAGUUUUAUUGUCUCUUAAAAUGUGUAUUGUUUGCAUUCAUUUUAGCUCCAUUCUUUUCAGUGCAAUUAUCAAAGCAGAGCUUAUUCCCCAUGGAGCUGGUACAACUGUGCUCCUCCACAUGCUCCAAGCUCUGUGUGAAGCUGCUAGUGUAGGCUCUGCUACUGCUGUUCCAAAAAGGUUCCUCAAAUUCUCUCAAUGCUGAACUUAAUUUAUGUUUUCAGAUGUGAACUUGAUAUUGUCCGAGUAGAAUGUGUGCAGCGUAAUAUAGAAAUGUCUCUGCACAGGGUUUAGGAGGAGGCAGGAGCCCCUCAGCUGUGUGUGUGCUUUUAUUACAGAAAACCAAGAUAAAGUUGUAUUGUUGAGUCAUCUGUUACAGCUCAUUUAAUUUGUACUUUGUUUUCAUGUUUUAAGUGCCUGAUGAUUUUUUGUCAAGGAGUCAAUGGUUUCACUGUUAUAACGCAUACUUAGAAUUCUGUACUUGUUACCUAUUCUGUAAUAGAAUAUUUUUGCAAUUUCUGUUUGGAAAUAAAGACUUAUUAGGCAUAA